ACAUUUUUGGGUAGAUUGAGCCUGAGGAGGACUUUGAGAGAGAGGAGAAAUUUCAAUCACUUCACUCCAAAAAAUUGAGAGCAAAAUUCUCUGCUGUUGUCUCUCCCGCGGCAUAUCUUAUCUUUUUCUUGCUCCCUCUCCAAUAAACAGAUCUCUCUCCAAUGGCGAAACCCGCAAGAAAGGAAGACAAGGCCGCUCUGGUAUGGCGGAAUAUCCCAACCCUCAGAGCCUCUCUGCAACCUCCCGCCGAUAUCUCCGAAGGAUUAUGGAGCAAUAAGGUGCAGCUCAGCCAUGAUUGCCGUCGCGUUCGCUGCAAAUUUGCGUGCAUUUCGGUUGUGGAGAAGAGAGACCAACACGAGUUCGCGCCGUCUCCGUCUCAGCUCCUGACGCAUCCACUGGCCUUGCUCGCGUUGGUGCCCAAAGACGCCGCGCUCUUUGCCGCCGGCGCCGUCGCCGGUGCUGCCGCGAAGACCGUCACGGCUCCGCUCGACCGUAUCAAGCUUCUUAUGCAGACUCAUGGAGUGCGAGUGGCGCAUGAAGGCACUAAGAAAGCAAUUGGUUUCAUUGAGGCAAUAACAACUAUAGGUAGGGAUGAAGGAAUUAAAGGUUACUGGAAGGGCAACCUCCCUCAGGUCAUACGUGUUAUACCUUAUAGCGCUGUCCAGCUAUUUGCUUAUGAAAUUUACAAGAAAAUCUUUAGGGGGAAAGAUGGUGAACUAUCUGUGCUUGGAAGACUUGCUGCUGGUGCUUCUGCCGGCAUGACAUCUACUUUUAUUACAUACCCACUAGAUGUCCUAAGAUUACGGUUAGCAGUUGAACCAGGUUGCCGAACUAUGUCUGAGGUUGCCUUGAAUAUGCUAAAAGAGGAAGGCAUUGCAUCCUUCUACUAUGGCCUUGGACCUUCCCUUAUUGGCAUAGCUCCUUACAUUGCUGUAAACUUCUGCAUUUUUGACUUAUUGAAGAAGUCUUUGCCAGAGAAAGUUCAAAAGAGAACUGAAACAUCUCUACUAACAGCCUUGAUAUCAGCUUCCUGCGCCACACUAACAUGUUAUCCUUUGGACACUGUGAGAAGACAGAUGCAGAUGAGGGGCACACCUUACAAGACAGUUUUGGAAGCCUUCUCAGGUAUCAUUGCACAUGAUGGAGUCGUUGGCUUGUAUAGGGGUUUUGUUCCAAAUGCUUUGAAGACGCUUCCAAACAGCAGCAUCAGGCUCACGGUGUACGACUUUGUCAAGCGUCUUAUAGCUACCAGUGAAAAGGAGCUUCAGCAAAUAGUUGAAGAUAAUCGUGAGAAGAGAAAAGCCAAACCACGAGUAAUUGAAUGAUCCUGAAGUUUUGUGUCAUUUUACAGUCUCUAGUCAUUGUUUACUGCAUUUCCAAUUUUGUGAAAGAGAAAUGCGGCUCUAGGAGAGGCAAAUAUUUUUGGUAUAUCCACCUGCCAAGGAAAAUUAGGCUAGAAAGUUUUGAGAUGCUACUAUUUGUUCUUGAGCUUUGUUUUUUUUCUUUCUUUUUCCCCACAAUUCUACUUGUUUUUAGCUUACUUAGCUUCUCAACCGUUGCCUUCUGACAUAUGGUUUUUAGUUUUGGAUUCCUUCAAUGAUAGAUCAUAUAAUGUUCUGCCAACUGCGAAGCAUUCAUUUCUAUCUGAGUGAGAAGAUAUGUUAUGCCAACCAUUCAUUUUUA